AUGCCACCCGGCAGAAUGUGUCUUUCGGAAAGAAUAAAUUAUCGAAAGGUUUGGCCCUGCGAGCAUGACAAAACAGCUAAAGAAAUUUUAGAAGAAAGGGAAGAUCGUGAAGCAUUCCUUAAAGGAGCUCCGUCUGCAUUCGCUCGAACUGGAUUUUAUGAUCGUUUAUUCCGUCAACAGAAUCUUCCGACAGUCUAUGAUGAUAAUAUUCCAUAUUAUCCAAAUUAUGGUUACAAUCCAAACAAACCAGUUUGGGGACUCUAUCGUUAUUCUAAUUAUUUCAUUAACCCUUAA